CAGAACAGAUGUGAGCAGUUUCCUCGCUCACCUUAGCGGAAACCUUGCCGCAACCUUGGCCCACAAGACCCGGUGAAGAGACUAAGGAGGGCGCUGGGGCCGCCCUGCACGGACUUUCGGGGGAAACUUCGGGAAAGCUGUAUCCGGGCCCUUCUGGUCACCCGCUCCAGACCCUCCUCCUUCCCUAGGCUUAGCCGGUGGGACCGCCGCGCUCACCUGGACCGCCUGGCUCCCACAAGCGCGCUCCAGACGCUGGGUGCACACGGUGUGAGCCUGAAACGAGAGCCAUCCCCGCGCCGGAUGAGGACGCCGCCGUCCAGCACCCUGUGCCCAAACCCGCGAGCCCCUGGAGAUACGCAUGCGCGCAGGAGAGGGGGGCGCUAGGACCCGACGUGCCGGCCGGCCGGUGGGCGUGUCUGCGUUCCCGUCAGCGUCCUCCAGAAGUCUCGCGAUGCUUGCAUUUGAACAGUUUGGCGGGUGAGAGCCAUGGCGGAGCUAGCCCCGCGACCCCGGAACCGGCUCUUACGAACGUACGGGCCUGUGGGCGGCCGGGGACCUCGGGGCCGGGCGGCCCGGGCGGGCGCGCAGUGGUUCGCGCCUCAAGACUCAAAGCGUUUCUUCAGCAGCACCAGUAGCAGCAACGCCAGCAGCGACGACCCCUCGCCGUCCGUCGCCUCCGAAGAUUCCGAUGACCCCGACUUCUGCUGCGAGGUGGGUCGGCGGCGGAGGCGACCCGGCGGGCGAGUCUCCAAGGCCCGGCCGAGCCUGACCAUGACUCCAAGGCGCCUGAGGCUGCGAGCGCGGCCGCCGCGGAAGUGCAGCACCCCCUGCAGCCCGCUCGGCCCGCCGCCGCCCUUCCCCGGCGGCAGCCCGGGCCGCCUCAGCCCGGACCUCAGUGUGUGCAGCCAGCCCAGCGACGGCGGCCAGCUGGGCACCAGUGCCUCCUUGUUUAGUCCCCCAGCUUCUCCGGGCCCCGGCCCUGGGUCCCCAGCGCCCGGAGACAGUGUCAUAGGUACCGGCCCCUCUGUCUCUCUGGAUGCCACCUCUCUGGACCAGGCACCUGGUUCCUGCUCCCAAGAGGCAGCAACAGGCCGAGGCAGGCUCACCAGAUUGGCCCGCCAAGCUCGUUCAAGCCUCACGCCAGCUCUCUUUAGCCUUAUGGACUCGGGAAACCCGGAGGAUUCUGAGUUUGGGACAGGUGCGAAGGAUAGGAGGGAGUCCUACUGUGAAAGGGAACUGAUGGGGAAAAGGCUGGAGAACCCAGGUUUAUCAAGGAUGCGAAAGAAGAGGGUCACAGACAAGGUCUCUUGUCAAGAGACUGGGGCUCCAGGGGCUGUCCAGACAGAAUAUGAGGCCAGUGGUUGCAAGCUCCGUAAAAGACCUGGGAAAACCUACAGGCCUGAGAGAACUGGGCCGAGCCAGAAAAGGAAACACCAGGAGGCAGUAGAAACCUCUCUCCUCCCUUACAACCCGUUUAAAAAGGGCCAGAGGAUGGGAAAAGAUUCAUUCCUUGCCCAGGAUCUGACUCAGUUACAGAAUGACUGCUCUUGGACCAAAGCCAGGGCUUCCUUCAGUUUCCACAAGAAGAAGAUCGUGACUGCGGUGUCAGACGUGUGCAACAGCGCCACCACCAGCUCUCCCUCGGGGUCCUUCAUAUCGGAAUAUCCAAACUCUCCCGUCCUGAACAAGACAAGCAGUGCUCCAUCCCCUUGGCACUCCUCUUCCAUGUAUUUGCUAACCCCCUUAAAGACGCCACGUGUCGCAGACCAAAAGGCAUCUGAUGCCGAAAAGGUUUAUAGGGAAUGCAACCAGGAGGGUCCUAUCCCCUUUAGCUCUUGCCUUUCCACGGAAAGACUGGAAUGCUGCGAGAAGAUCGGGGAAGGAGUGUUUGGGGAAGUGUUCCAAACAGUUGAUGAUUGUGCACCAGUAGCCCUAAAAAUCAUCGCCAUUGAAGGGCCGGAUUUAGUCAAUGGAGCCCAGCAGAAAACUUUUGAGGAAAUCCUUCCAGAGAUCAUCAUCUCCAAAGAGUUGAGCCUCCUGUCUGAUGCUGUGUGCCACCGCACGGAAGGCUUUAUUGGGCUGAACUCGGUGCACUGUGUGCGUGGGCCUUACCCGCCCUUGCUCCUCAGAGCCUGGGAUCACUAUCACUCAACCAAAGGGUCUGCAAAUGACCGGCCUGACUUUUUCGGCCGAGACCAGCUCUUCAUUAUACUUGAAUUUGAAUUUGGAGGAAUUGACUUAGAGCAAAGGAAAAAGACGCUGUCCUCCAUAGCUACUGCGAAGAGCAUUCUGCACCAGAUCACCGCAUCCCUUGCCGUUGCAGAGGCAUCGCUGCACUUUGAGCACCGAGACUUACACUGGGGGAACGUGCUCUUAAAGAAAACCAGCCUCAAGGAAGUCCACUACACCCUCAGCGGGAAGACGGGCGCUAUCCCCACCUGUGGGCUGCAAGUCAACAUCAUUGACUACACCCUGUCACGCUUGGAGCGGGAUGGGGUGGUGGUUUUCUGUGACAUUUCCAUGGAUGAGGGCCUUUUUACAGGUGAAGGUGACUACCAGUUUGAGAUCUACAGGCUCAUGAAGAGGGAGAACAACAACUGCUGGGGUGAAUACCACCCUUACAGCAAUGUGCUCUGGCUGCAUUACCUCACAGAUAAGAUUCUGAAGGAAAUGGUCUUCAAGAAGAAAUGUAACACCACUGCCUUGAAGCAAAUAAAGAAAAACAUCGAACAUUUCCAUCAGACAAUGCUGAACUUCAGCUCUGCCACCGACCUGCUCUGCCAACACAGUCUGUUUAACAGCCAGUGACCGCACCAGCAGCUUACUCAAGGACUCUGCCCGAGGCCUGAAGCGGGAAUGGAGCCCGGAGUUAGAAAGGAAGCCUCCCACUUCCUGCAGACUGGAGAUGCGAUUUGCAGAAGUCAGAGCUUGACUCCGACUGGGGCAAAGUUUGGGGCAAAGUUUUUUUGGAUUUUCUUUAGUUUUGUUUUUCAUAUAGACAGGUAGCCUGCUCUCUUUCACCCAAAGCCAGUGAGAGCGAGCAAGGUUAAACUAUAAGCUCCUAGCUAGAACUCAUUUUCUGGAAACAUCUGUGUACUCAAACUAAUACCAAAUCACGCCUCCUCAUCCAUUUUACCAAUGGAAUAAAAAAUGUCUUUGCCAAACCAUCAAAGUAAUAAUUGAUGCAGGUAAACAUCAUGAGUGGAUGUUAAACAGGAUACAUUCAUAAUCUCCAAGCAUCGCCUAUAAGAUACGUAUUCAUGAACGGGAGAUAGCACCAGUCAUGGGCAAAGCAGUGUGCCCUGAUGUGACACCUCGAAGGACCGACUUCACUUCUAUGAUAUUUUUUCCCCAGACACACAAUCUAAUCGUGAGGAAACACUGGACAAAUUCAAGUUGAGAAACAUUCUACAAAAUAACUGGCCUGUAUCCUUUGAAAAUGUUGAAGUCAUUAAACACAGAAAGACUGAGAAACUGCUCCAAAUUAAAGGAGACCAAAGACAAGUGAUGACAAAAUGCAAUAAAUGAUGCUGGACUGGCAGGAAAAGUUUUUUCUUUUGCAAUAAAGGAUGUUUAUAGGACAACUGAUGAAAUUGAAAUAAAUUAGGUAAUAGUAUUUUAUUAUUAUUUCCUGGUUUUGAUCAUUGCACUGAGGUUUUGUAAGAGAAUGUCCUUGUUUUUAGGAAAUAUAUACUGAAUACUGAGAGUAAGGCAUCAAAUCUAUAACUCUAAAAUGGUUCAUAAAUAUAAAUGUGUGUAUAUGUGUGUAAUUUGUAUAUAUGUAUAUGUACUCUACAUGUAUCGAGAAAGAAUGCUAAAGCAAUGUGAAUAAUAAAAUGGAUAAAUGUUAACGUUUUGGAAAUCUGGAUAAAGAAUGCAUGGGGAGCCCAGCCAGCAUGGCUCAGUGGUUGAGCAUCAACCUAUGAACCGGGAGGUCAUGGUUUGAUUCCUGGUCAGGGCACAUGCCCAGGUUGCAGGAUUGAUCUUCAGUGUGGGGCAUGCAGGAGGCAGCUAAUCAAUGAUUCUCUCUCAUCAUUGAGGUUUCUAUCUCCCUAUCCCUCCCUCUCUGAAAUCCAUAAAAAAUAUAUAUAUUUUAAAAAAAGAAUGCAUAGGGAUUAUUUUGGAGUGUGCUUAUAACUUUAUAGUAAACCAACUAUUUCAAAAUAAAGUUUUUUAAACAAUAUAUAUAAUUAGUGAUCAUCUGCUUAUUGACAAAACUUUAUUACAUUAAUUCUCCUAAAAAAGAUUCUCCUAAUCUUUUUUCAACUAACUUGCUGUCAAUACCAAUUUUUAAAAAAUUCUUUUGCCUGGUUGGCGUGGCUCAGUGCUUGAG